CUCCCCCCUCGUGUGCCGCCCCUCGCUUUCCUCCCUCCCCAUUCAGCGGCGUGUGAGGACGGACGGACGCACGCACGCACCGCUGGGCUGCUGCUUCUGCCGUUGCCGUACAGGUUGAGCGGAGAGGAGGAACCACAGCGGACUUUGGCGGACUUCUCUCAUCUGCUGGCUGUGCUCGAAGGAGGCGAGUCUCGAGGAUCAGCAGGUCCUCCGGAGAAGUUGCACCGAUUACGUUUUCGAGGAGCCAUGGAGCCCUCCAUGUCGACCGAGUUGGAGCCCAAAGAGCGGAGGAAGAUCCAGUUCGCCGUCCCGGCCUCGGGAGCCACCAAUCUGGACCCCCGGCAAGUUGAGAUGAUUCGGCGCAGGAGACCGACACCGGCCACCCUCUUCAGAGUAGCCGACCAUACAUCGCCCGAGGACGACCAGUCGAGCCAUCAGGUAAAGUGGGUCGUUGGGGACAACGGCGUCCUCAAACCAAAGCGAGUCAAUCCAAACGUGUACCAGCCUCCAUCACUUAAAGCUGUGCAGAAGAUGGCCGAGGCGCACAUGCAGAACCUCGGCGCCCACCCUCCUCUGGAGGACCCUCGUGAGGGCGAGGAGGAUGACGACCCGGAAAAAGCUGCUGACCACCAGGAAACGGCGACCGGCGACCAGUCGGAAGCGGCUCUCGGCGCCCAGGAGACAGAUAAGCUGAUCCAAGCAGCGCAGGUGGAGGGGGAGGAGGAGAGUGAGGACGGGGGAGAAGGACGGGGGACGACGGCAGAGAGCAAUAACUGAGGAAACCUUCAUUUUGAUUACCAACCAAAAGGACAGCACAUACCACUUGCCUCCCUUUUACUUCGAAAGCCGAGGUCAGUGUGACUUGGUAAAGAACGUUGCAAGCACUAACCUUUUACCCACCAACACUAAAUUGGCCUCCUUAAACCAAAAUAAAGCUUCAGUAUGUCGGUCCCAGGAUGUGUUUUUUGGGGCGUUGUUUGUUUUUCAAAAUUCUUAAUUGUCUUUCAAGUGUUAAAAGAAGUGUUAAAAAUACAUUACAGUUUGUCAGUCAGCAUCAAGAUCUGUGCAUGUGGAGCAUGCAGCAAACAGAUCGUCAAACAGAAACAUUGUGGAGGCCCACUGGCUAAUCUGAACACAUUCUGACCUCUGGUGACUGGCUAAUUUGAGGUUCCACUGUACAGUAUUUUGAAGAGUCUCGUCACCACUUAAUUUGCGGAUACUGCCAUCUAGUGGAUACUAGUAAUGAAAAUUUAUCAGUUAGAAUUGAACCCCCUUCUGUUUUUUUUUUUUUUUUUUUUUUUAAAUCAGUAAUUUUAAUGCAAUGAGAAAUACCAAAAAAAAAAAAAAACACACUUAGUGUAGUCUCAAUGACACACUAAAGUUGUGUACUUUUAGCAUAGCGAGGGUGGAGUUACCUUUUUGGUAACGGACCUUUCAAGGGCAAAGCUACCUCGCGUGUUCUGCUGGACGCAUCAAAUCUUUUGGCUCCUCUUCUAUUCAUUCUUUUAACGUCACCAGACAGGUUUGGAAUUCAGCGUUUUAUAGAAACAGUUGCCGCAGUUACCAUUUGACUGACAUUUAAAACAAAUUUAUUUCCCACCACCAUCCCCCACUGUAUUUUUGCUUUGCGCUGAUGUUUGUAAAAAAAUAAAAAAUAAAAAUAAAUAAUCUACUGACUGUGAUGAGCAACUCAUGUAUUUAGACUUGAUUUUCUCCUCCUUGCUUUCCCCUCUCCUCUACUCUUCUCCGGUCCAAGGGAUGCCUGAGCUCACCGCUUUUUAUUUUUAUUGUUUUCUGUUGGCUCAUUUUUAAAUGUGUUUGCUGGUGUUUGUUUUCAAAUGACCAACUUUCAAGAACAAUGUCUGAAUAAAACUUUUUUUCCCCUCA